CGGCCGCCGCCGCAUCCGGGCACUCGGCGGGUCGCGGCGGGCGCGGUGGUGGCGCAGGUGAGGCGGCGGCGGCGGUCGAGCGUCCAGUCCCCGACCCGGGUCUCAGCGGCGCCGUCGGGCGGCCCCCGCUCCCGGCACCACCCCGACGCAUCCCCAGGCCGGCGGGGGCGCGGCCACAGCGGCGGGCGAAUGGCGCAAAAGAAAUAUCUCCAAGCAAAACUGACCCAGUUUUUAAGGGAAGACCGAAUUCAACUUUGGAAACCUCCGUAUACAGAUGAAAAUAAAGAAGUUGGCUUGGCAUUGAAGGACCUUGCCAAGAAGUACUCUGACAAGCUAGAUUGCUGUGAAAAUGAAGUGGAAAAGAUAAUAGAAGAAAUACGUUGCAAAGCAAUUGAGCGUGGCACGGGAAAUGAAAAUUAUAAAACAACAGGAAUUGCUACAAUUGAGAUAUUUUUACCUCCCCGACUAAGAAAAGAUAGGAAAAACCUGUUGGAGACCCGAUUGCACAUCAGUGGCAGAGAACUGAGGUCAAAAAUAGCUGAAACCUUCGGAUUUCAAGAAAAUUACAUCAAAAUUGUCAUCAACAAGAAACAGCUUCAACUAGGGAAAACUCUUGAAGAACAAGGAGUGACGCACAACGUGAAAGCAAUGGUGCUUGAACUGAAACAGUCUGAAGAGGAUGUGAGGAAAAACUUCCAGGUUGAAGAAGAAGAGCAAAAUGAAGCCGAACUAAAAGAAAAAAGAAUCCAGAGGACCAAGAGAGGCCUGGAGAUCUUGGCGGAGAGAGCUGAGAUGGUGGUGGACCCAGAAACCACGCCGUACUUAGACAUAGCCAACCAGACGGGCAGAUCCAUCAGAAUUCCCCCUUCAGAAAGAAAAGCCCUUAUGUUAGCUAUGGGAUAUCAUGAGAAGGGCAGAGCUUUCCUGAAAAGAAAAGAAUAUGGAAUAGCCUUGCCAUGUCUGUUGGAUGCUGACAAAUAUUUCUGUGAGUGCUGCAGGGAGCUGUUGGAUACGGUAGAUAACUAUGCAGUGCUCCAGCUGGACAUAGUGUGGUGUUACUUCCGCUUGGAACAACUGGAAUGCCUUGACGACGCAGAAAAAAAACUAAACUUGGCUCAGAAAUGCUUCAAAAAUUGUUACGGAGAAAACCAUCAGAGGCUGGUCCACAUAAAAGGGAACUGUGGGAAAGAGAAGGUGCUGUUUUUAAGACUUUACUUGCUUCAAGGUAUCCGAAAUUAUCACAGUGGAAACGGUGAAGAGGCUCGUGAGUAUCUCAACAAGGCACGUCAGCUCUUUAAAGAGCUAUAUAUUGAUCCAUCAAAAGUUCACAAUUUGUUGCAGUUGGGAUUUACUGCCCAGGAGGCCCGGCUUGGCCUGAGGGCAUGUGAUGGGAACGUGGACCACGCAGCUGCCCACAUUACCAACCGCAGAGAGGAAUUGGCCCAAAUAAGGAAAGAGGAAAAAGAGAAGAAAAGACGCCGGCUGGAGAACAUAAACUCUUUGAAAGGAAUGGGCUACUCUACUCACGCGGCCAAGCAGGCCCUGCAUCAGGCCAGCGGGAACCUGGACGAAGCCCUGAAGAUUCUUCUCAGCAAUCCUCAGAUGUGGUGGUUGAAUGAUUCAGAUCCUGAAACCAACAGCCAUCAAGAGAGUCCUUCCCAGGAAAACAUCGACCAACUGGUGUAUAUGGGCUUUGACGCGGCAGCAGCCGACGCUGCCUUGAGAGUGUUCAGGGGGAACGUCCAGCUGGCAGCUCAGACCCUCGCCCACAACGGAGGAAGCCUUCCUCCUGACGUGCAUCUCUCGCUGGAAGGCUGUUCGUCGACACCAUCCACGUCCCCUUCCGACUCCGCAGGUGCCUCUAGUGCCUCAACAGAUGAAGAUAUGGAGACAGAAGCUGUCAAUGAAAUAUUGGAAGAUAUUCCAGAACAUGAAGAAGAUUAUCUUGACUCAACGCUGGAAGAUGAAGAAAUUAUUAUCGCAGAGUACUUAUCCUAUGUAGAAAAUAUAAAGUCAGCAACAAAAACGGAAUAACGGGCAGAAAUAAGUACUGAGUUUCUGCUUAUAAAUUCUAUCGUUAUGAAAAGUCCA